AUGCGCCCUGUGGGCUGCCCCAUGAUGCAGCAGUGCGACUGCCGCAACUUCCUUCCCUCCAACACUGCACCGGGCGCCUCAUUCGACCAAGCCGGCAAGGCCGACGAUGCUGUUGAUUACGAAGAUAUUGAUCUCAGUGACGACGACUUACCCGAUGAGGAACCCUCUGCGGACCGCGCGAGCCGCGCGAGCAGCGACGGCCCACCCGCGGUCAACAACAAUGAAGACGAUGACGAUGACCUUUUCGGCGAAAACCUCCCCUCGUCUCCGCUAGAUGCCAACGGCGGUCUUGCGUCGUCGCCCCUUCCUAUGGAUACCAGCGAUGAGGAUCGCACGCAAACCGACAAGGCAUCUCUACAGGAACUCAUCGCCUUGAAUUUCGACCACGGCCCGAAACCGAGCGAUGCGAACCAAGACCCGAACAUUCCCCCUCCGGCGGAAAGUCUUGCCGAAGCCGUAAAGCAAGCGUUCCCGGGAUUCAAAGAAAAGACCGUUCUUCGCUGGAACGAGAUCCUCCGCCCAAAGCAAGCCCACUGGAUCUCCAAGAAACCGGCCAAGCCUCCGAAGCCGCUGGUGCCGACAAAGCUCAGCUUGGAUCUUGAUGCCGACCAAGAAAAGCUAUUCCGUAUUCCCGGCCCGGCGACGAUAUCUGUCUAUCAGAAAAUCCGGGAUGCCGAAGCCCGCGGCCUCGUUUGCCUCGAGGAGCCCGAGCCCCUCGAGCAGGCGGACCUCGAGGUCUUCAACCUAGACGACGAUUCCGAUUCCGAGGUCGUGGGAGGUUUCACUCUUCGCGACAUCGCCCUAGUAUGCGACGACUGGGAUGCCAUGAUCAGUCUGGGCGAUUCCGUCCCCGCCCAACCCUCUCCUCCGAGCCAAUCCAGCAACAUCCCCGACAACCUGCUCAUUAAGACUGAGCUUGAUGGCGAUGAUGAAGACUGGGACAGGAUGUUUCUCGAUGCGCCAGCGGCAAAGAAACGACGUUUGGAGAUCCCCAAGGGCCUCCCGCCCAUCCCUCGGUUCACGGCGCCCAACUUUGACAACUUUGAGGAGGCUACUUCCAAGCUGGGAAAGCGCGUUAUUCUCGAUAUGAACGACCCCUACCUCCUCAUCGACGAUGUCGAGUCCGAGCGCGUUGCUAAACGGCGCAAGAUUCAACACAAGACGGUGCGCAUGGCCAACGGCCGCCUCGGUCGGGAGUUGUCGCAGCGCUUCAACUUUUCGUCAGAUACCGCCUAUGACGCUCUGAAGGAGAACAGCCAGAGCAAGGUGCGCGCCACACUGGCCUCGAUUCCAGUCGAACACAGCUUGGCGGCAAAGAGGCUCUCGUGGCCCUACUACAAGGUCAAGCUCUCUGCCAGCGAUCCGCAUAGUUACCAUCGGCCCCAGUUCCACCCACGUCGGGACGCUUUCCACCCAAUCAAGCUGAAACCUCCGACCCUGAAGAGGAAAAAGCAACUUAAGGGCAAGCGAAUUUCCGAAAUCUUCCAAUCUUCCUCGGACCUUACCAUGAACGACAACUCGACCGCGAUUCUCUUUGAGUACUGCGAGGAGAUUCCCAUCGUUCUGUCCAACUUCGGCAUGGGCCAAAAGAUUAUCAAUUACUACCGUCGCUCUAAAGGGACCGAUGCUAGGCCCGAAAAGCGAGAACUCGGCGAACCCUACAUCUUGAUGCCCGAGGACCGCUCACCGUUCGCCAUGGUCGGCCAAGUCCACCCUGGCGAGACGGUCCCCACAUUGCACAACCAAAUGUUCCGUGCCCCCAUCUUCAAGCACUCCCCCAGGAGUACCGACUUCAUCCUCGGCCGGAGCAGCACGGGCAAAUCCGGUUCGUCGUGGUAUCUCCGCAAUAUCGAUCACCUGUACGUCGUCGGCCAAAUUCUGCCCUCGAUGGAGGUGCCCGGGCCGCAUUCACGGCGGGUUACGAACAUCGCCAAGAAUCGUCUGAAGAUGGUGUCCUAUCGGCUUCUACACCGGAGCGACAACGUCACCUUGACCGAUAUUACCCGCCAUGUUGCCGACUCCAACGAGUCACAGAACCGUCAGAAACUUAAAGAAUUUCUCAUGUUCCGUAAGGAGCAAAGGAACUGGGUGCUCCCCGAGGGAGAGGAACUCAUGCCCGAGUCCGAAAUCCGGGAGCUCGUCCGCCCGGAGGAGGUUUGCCUCCUUGACGCGAUGCAGAUCGGCGCCCACGAGCUUGAGAACGGGGGCUAUGAGGUCAACGAUGCCGUCUUCAAGGACGACGACUUGAUGGACGGCGAUGAGCUUCCCCCGGACGCGCUUGCUAAUAAAAUGGCGCCGUGGCGGCUCACAAAGGCCUUCAUCGACGCGAGCCAUGGAAAAGCCAUGAUCGCCGUCCAUGGCCCCGGAGACCCGACUGGCAAGGGCCUCGGCGUCAGCUAUCUGCGAACCUCUAUGAAGGGUGGCUUCCUCGAGCAGCUUCAUGGUCCGCUCGCGACCUCUGCCGAUGCCAUAGAACGGCAGCGCAAGGCGAACGGCGGUCACAUGUACAAUGUCAAGAAUCAGGAUAGCCUUUACACAGAAUCCCUGCGAGACAUCUGGACCCGCCAGAAGCAGAGCCUCGAAGACACACAAGAGCACGACGACGAUGACGUUCUCGCCCAGGAGGACGAGGACGAGCGGUUCAACAUGCACAACCAAGCCGCCCAGCCUGCGGUCUUGCCGGACGGUGUGAGCCAAGUCAGCCAAAGCCAGGCUAGCGGCCUGAACUGGCGCAAGUUGAAGAUCACCCGCGAGGUAAAGGGUGAGGACGGCGAGAUACAGACCGUUACAGAAAUCGUGCACGAUCCGGUGGUGAUUGCCCAAUAUAGCAAGCGGAGGAGGCAGAUGGAGUUUGAGAACAUUGAUAUUUACAACGUAGAACUUACUGGCGAUCCCGACAAAGACGAUCUCAUUCUCGAAAAGGCCCGCAUUGAGCAAGAGCGUCUAGAAAAGAACAAAGAGCGACGCAAGAAGCGCGAAAAACAAAAGAAGCUCCAGCAAAAAAUGCGGGAUGGAGGCACCGCCGGAGACGAGGGCUCCCCUGAGCCGACCACGGAAAAGGUGACUGGUACGACUCGGAAGUGCGCCACUUGUGGCCAGGUCGGCCACAUCAAAACCAAUAAGAAGUACGUAUGCCCCUUCUGCCUACAAAGGGAAGAGGAAGCAUCCAGCUCCCGCCUGAAGGGCCUCAUCUACGGCAGUCACCAGAAGUCUGGAAGACGUAGCAGUUGGCGGCCCACUCAGAAUCCCCGUGAGGGUGACGACUUCUGGGAUCCCCGUUGCUGGGAUUCAAGCGCCUUCCAGGCCGAGGUGGAGUCGUGUCCGCGGCGGAAAGGCAAACAAAAGCAAAUUGCUCGGGAAGAUGCCGAGAAUUGGGAUUAG